UUCCUCCCAGUGGCCUGAUGGAGACGGAGCUGGAGCUCACCUUCUCUCUGCAGUAUCCUCACUUCCUGAAGAGAGACGCCAACCGCCUGCAGAUAAUGCUGCAGAGAAGAAAACGCUACAAAAACAGAACCAUUCUGGGCUACAAGACGCUGGCGCUCGGAGUCAUUAACAUGGCUGAGGUGUUGCAGCAUCCUACAGACGGAGGCCAGAUUCUGGGUCUCCAUAGCAACAUGAAGGACACGCCGGCACGCGUGGCUGAGAUUAGUGUGUUCUCACUGUCCAGUCAACCCAUUGACCACGAGUACAGCAGCGGGCAGACGGGAGCCAAGACCAAGGCCUCGGAUCGCUCUCCUGACAUGGAUAAUUACUCAGAGGAUGAUGAUGACAGUUAUUCAUCAGGGCAAGAGGGCAGUGAUGAUGCUGGACACGCACAGGAUCUGUAUGAUGAAGAUGACGACAUACGGAAGCCAAAAAAACCCAGACGGAAAAUGAUUCGAUCAGUCUCAUUGACACGACAACCCAACUUCAAGCAGAAGUUUGUGGCCUUACUGAAGAGAUUCAAAGUCACAGAUGAGGUUCUGGACUCAGACCCGGUGGAUCAGACGCAGGAGGUGGAGGAGGAUCUGGAUCUGCUUUAUGACAGUCUGGAGGUGUUUAAUCAGAGCGACAGCGGCCCGGAGCUGGAGGACAACGAGAGCGUCCUGAGCACCCCGAAACCCAAACUCAAGCCAUUUUUUGAGGGCAUGUCUCACUCCAGUUCUCAAACAGAGAUCGGCAGCAUUCACAGUCACAAUCAACACCGGGACGCAGCGUCCAACAUGGCUGCUGACUUCCUGUCGGUGGAGCGGUGUGAGACGGCCGGCUCGCGGCAGCAGGAGGACAGCAGUAUGGACACCAGCGGCGGGGAGGUGGAUGCAGAGCAUCAUGGGAUAGUAAUGGCAGAUGUGUCGGAUGUGAUCAGCUCUCAGAAUCACAGCAGUCCCAGUAAAGCGGAGAGCAGGGUCCCGCGGCGCACUCGCAGCACAUCCAUGAAGGACAGACAGAACUCACGAGCUCAGAGCGAGCGCACCGUCAGCGUGGACAGCGAGUGUUCGGCCGACAGCCGCUUCAGCACACAGGUGCCCAGGAAAUCAAUGUAUGAUCAGCUGAAUCAGAUCCUGAUCUCAGACGAGAGACUGCCAGAGAACAUCAUCCUCAUCAACACAGUGGACUGGCAGGGCCAGUAUGUGGAGGAGGUCCUGCAGAAACACGCUCAGCCCAUCGUGUCCACCUGCUCCGCCGCUGACGUCCAGGCCGCAUUUAACACCAUCGUCACACGCAUUCAGAGAUUCUGUAACUGUAACGCUCAGACUCCGCCCACAGUAAAGGUGGCAGUGGCGGGAGAUCAGAGUUAUCUCAGUACAGUGCUGCGCUUCUUCGUAGAGCAGCUGGCCAACAAGACGCCUGAUUGGCUGAGCUACAUCCGCUUCCUCGUCAUCCCCAUCGGUUCCCAUCCUCUGGCCAAGUACGUGUCGACGUUCGACAGUAAGUUCUGCAGUAUGUUCAUGGACCCGUCCUGGAGGGAGCUGUUCUGCCGGUCAGAGCGUCCCAGCGCAGACACUGUUGAUGUAGCUGGACGGAUCAUCCAGUAUCUGUCUGGAGCAAAUGUGUCUCAUCAGUUUCCCAUCUCUGAAGCCAUGCUCACCUACAGACAGAAGAGUCCGGAUGAAGAUUCAUGCCAAAAAUUUGUGCCAUUUAUCGGGGUGGUGAAGGUGGGGAUCGUUGAACACAGUCUGUCCACAUCAGUGGAUUCUGAUGAUGCCAUGGGCGGGAAUGUGGGCGUGGCUUCCUCACCCUUGCCGCAGUCGGCCACGCCCUAUGGGAAGGAGAUGUGUGUGACUCCGCCCCCAUCACCCUCGGCGUGUGCGGUUUUCACUGGCAUGGGUUCUCCGUGCACAGGUGGAGAGCUGAUGGGGCUGCAGGUGGACUACUGGACGUGUCCGAGCGGAGAGAAGAAGCGUGAGGGGGAGAAGCGUGACGUGGGUCUGAAGAACACACUGAAGAGUAACUUCCGCUCGCUGCAGGUCAGCCGUCUGCCCAGCGGUGGAGACCCCAGCGCUCCUCACAGCAUGGCCAUGACCGUCGUCACCAAAGAGAAGAACAAGAAAGUGAUUUUUCUGAGUAAGAAGCUGAAGGAGAAGGACGUGGACUCUAAGAGUCAGGUGAUCGACGGCAUCAGCCGGCUCAUCUGUACGGCCAAACACCAGCACACCAUGCUCCGAGUCUGCAUCGAUGGCGUGGAGUGGAACGAGGUCAAGUUCUUCCAGCUGGCCGCGCAGUGGCCGACUCACGUCAAGCACUUCCCCGUCGGCGUGUUCGGCUGCAGCAAACCCGUGUGACGUCACGUGUGUGUGUUUCUGACACUAUAUCAACAGAACAGCUCCUGUUUUCUCUGAAGACGGCUGCCGUCGGUCAUCAUCAGCUGUACGGUGACGGAUGGCCAACGCCAAGCACUUUCUGUUUCUUUAUCAUUUCUGUGAAAUCCUGUGUAGAAUGUCGUCAGGUGCAUGAUGGGACGGAUACGCGCUGACAGGCCGUGUUGAGGCGUUUUGCUGUGAAUUCAAAUGGAUUUUUUACCCUAAUGUAAACUCUGUUUGUAGUAUUUUGUGAUAACAGUGAAUAUGAAACUAUAAACUGAACCUGCCUUUCAAAGCACACUGAUGAUGAGCAGAAACAUCGCAGUAAUCCCCGCCACUGCACUGGUGUGUGUGAACGAUGAACAUGACACAAACACCCAUUAUAAAGAUUUAACAGGGAAGAACUUUAUUUUUCCAGCUGAUGAACGAUAAAAACUUUGACAGCCAAUCAGCAGAGACUUAAGAUUCUUAAAUCAAGAUGCAUUUACUAGAGAUGCAAAAUGAAAUAAAAUAUAAUGAGAAACUGAUCAAAAUGAGUUUAUGAUUAGAACAGGUACAGAUAUCUGCUCAUGGAAAAAAAUCAACUUAAUUCAAAGAGAAACAAGUUUUCAUCCCCACUGACUGAUAUUUGCUCGUUUUAAUCAGUUUCUCAUAAAACAAGACUUCAUAUCUUCAUUUUGCAUUUGAUUUAAGAAUCUCUAGAUACUUGAACUGGGAAACAAGACGGAAACACAGAGGAAGAUGAAUUCACGACUUUCUGCUCUGAUUUAAGAGCUUUCAAAGCCUUAAAUUGUGGAAAGACCCACAGAAACGCAGUGCAUCAUGGGAGAUAGAGUGUGUGUUAUCAGUGUUUCUGUAGUUCAGUCUGAAUCACUUUAAUACUGUGGAUUUUAGUUUGAAAUCUGAAGUCUCAGUGUUUUUCUUCAGUUCCAGCGGCUGAUCUUGGGAGGAAACGGCCUUCAGUCAGUCGAGCUCCUCUUAUCCUCGGACUGAGUGGAUCUGACGGGACGAGUGUGUGUUGAAUGUUUAAAGGUGCUUCUCAUGUGUUUCCUGCUUUUUUUUUUGUGAUUGUUUUCAUGGCGUCGCUCAUUUGGACUUUUUUUGGCGAUGAAUGUAUUGAGACGGCUAGAGUCUGGUUCCUUCAGUGUUUGUACCUUCUGUUUUUACUCCCACUUCAGAUGCCAAAAAACAGAUUCCAGUUCACCAAAGCUGCUUCAUCAACACCACAGUAUUUGCACUUUUACUACAGUAAAAAGAGCACAUGGCCCGGCUGCUCCGGAUCCAGCACUUUGAUUUAAAGAGACAGUUCAGCCAAAAAAACAUAAUUCUGUUGUUAUUUGCUCUCCUCGUGUCACUGAAACACAUAUGACUGACUGUGGGGAGAUAUUUAGAGAAAUGUCCCAGUGUUCUUUGUCCAUUCAAUCCUGAUGUCUUCUUUUAUGUUCACAGAAGAAAUGUGGUCACAGCUUUGUGUAAUUUGAGUAAAUGAUGACAGAAUGCUGAUUUUGGGGUGAACUGUCACUUUAAGAACCACUAUGAACUCGUUCUCUGUGUAUACGGUCGUGCAGAUGCGUUUACAUGAAGGACUCUGUGUACGUCUGUUAGACGAGAGUGUGUGUGUGUGUGUGAACAGGUCACGUCUCACAGCAGGAAUAAUCCACUGCGGCUCAUAUACGGGACGCUGAUUGCAGCACCUUUGCACAGAACCUCAUUUUAAAUUAUGUGACAGACUUUUUAAUGUUUCACCUUUGCAUGUUUUACAUUUGGAGUAUGUAAUGGCAUUUUAUAGCGCUGCUUCUUUCCAUGCUUGCACAUGCAGUUGUGUUUAAUAAAGUGUUUUUAUGCA